AAGCAAUAAAUUAAUAUUCAGUACUUUUGUCAACUUUUGGCUAAUGUGACGCCUUGAAAUUAAAUUAUGAAAUAUAAUAAUUAAUUUUAAUGUCAUAAGCAAUCAUUUACGACUUCGUAAGAUACGCUAAAGCAAUUUUUCUGUGUGUAAGAAAGAAUCGUGCUUUACGAAGCAUUAGCAGCAGUUUCAUUAAAACUAAUUCACAAUUAUUACCCAAUACAAUUUAAAUAACUAGCAAAGACUUAAAAUUUCUAUUUUUUAUUAUUAUCAUUCACUGCACAGGAAUUUGUCUGUGUUACAUUUAAAUAUUUGCAACAUUUAAAUCCGAUAAUAGUAUACUAUUAUUAAUAAUAAAUAAGCUUCAAGGGCCAACCAACGUUGUUAUUGGUUUUCUCUUUCAUUUAGAAAUAAAACCAAGCUGUUUAUUUUACUAGUUUUUUAAAUAAUAAAAGAUUUAGCUCCUUAACGACAUCUAAAAUAUAUUUUUGAGGAUAGUUUUAUAUUUGAUCCGAAUUCAUAAAUAUUUGCACAAAAAUGAUGCUUGUUUAAAUUUGCUUUAUUUCAUGACCAAAAGUUUUACAAAAGUAUGAAUAAUUUGCUAAUUUUAUGUUAUAUAUUCGCUAACAAACAAUAAACAGUACCAGUAAUUCCUAAAUACAGCUUACUAAUAAGUAAGUGACUUAUUAUACAGGGUUAUUCAUAAUUCCCUCCGGGCAGGAACUGGACUAUCGCAUUGAUGUAUGCCGUGUGACCAAUGGUUCACACAUAGAACACCUGUAAUGUAUGUAAGUAAAACUUGAAUAGUUCCGGAAUAUUUUCAUAUGUUUCUUUUUUUCAUAUUCGUCUUCUUUUUUUUUACUAUAACGCUUCGAAACCCCGGGGGGAAUUAUGAAUAACCCUGCAUAAUUAAGAAGCUUAUCAUAAAGUCUGAAAAAAACGAAUAUAAAAAAAAUAAGAGAUAAAUAACACUUACACAGCCAUUAGCUGCUACUUGAUAAAUGUCGUGUUUAUUUGAAUUUGUCCAUUUUUGUAUAAACUCAUUUUUGGAGAGUUUGUAAACUAAAACUUAAUUUUAAAAGCACUGUUAAGCAAGUGCCCAUAAAUCAGCAAUCUUUUGAUUAGGCGGGUGAGAUGGAAAAAAAUGACGAGAGAAUGAAAUCGCAAAGGGUUUCCGAUAAAGAGUAGUGAGAAAAUUAUUCCAAUUACGGUUAAUAAGAACGUCUAGGAAAGAUGGGUUAGCCCAGUAUGAGCAUCGAGGUAGCUGGCUCUAUCUCUGAUUACAACCACCACCAUCACCAGGACUCAACUGCCGAUAACCAAUCACAAUCACCGCGCUCCCGUACCUUAUCUACCUCAACCCUGCUCAUCAAUCCUGAAGAUACAACAGUUCCUACUCAUAAGCGCAUAACCAUUUCCCAGAGAAUUCGUCUGUCACCAUCAUUUUGUUUAAUCUUUUUGCUGUGCACCUCUUCAAUUUUAUUUGUACAGGUUCUAUUUCAAGCGGGUGGUAUUGACAAUUAUUCUCCAAUCAUCUGCGAUAGCUCCUUCAACGACAAAGAUGAUCCUUCAACUAACACACAGCAAAAACUAUUGUUAGCUGAUGGUGCUCGUCUUCGUUUUCCGAAAACAAAACGCCGUUUGCCACAGUGCAUCAUAAUAGGCGUACGCAAGUGUGGAACAAGGGCUCUACUAGAAUUUCUCAAUUUGCACCCAAUGAUUCAAAAAGCAGCAGAAGAAAUCCAUUUCUUCGAUGACGAUGACAAAUACUCUUUGGGACUUGACUGGUACAGACGAAAAAUGCCUUAUUCUUUCCCGGGGCAAAUAACUGUCGAAAAAAGUCCAGCCUAUUUCAUAACUCCAACUGUCCCCGAUCGCAUUCGAAAGAUGAAUCCUUCUGUGAAACUCCUCCUCAUUGUCCGAGAACCCGUGACUCGUCUGAUAUCAGAUUACGCUCAGCUGGCCUCUAACAAAGCGAGGAAAGAAAGGACAUUGGCAUCCUUUGAGGAUUUGGUCUUGAGGACUGAUGGAUCUGUUAAUGUCGGUUACAAAGCUGUUCGAAUCGGAAUGUAUUCUUUGUUCUUUCCGAGGUGGCUAAGAACGUUUCCCAAAAGUCAAAUACAUAUCGUUGAUGGAGACAAUCUUAUUGUCGAUCCUCAUGGCGAAAUUCGGAAAAUCGAAGACUUCCUUGGUCUGGAUCACAGGGUGCAAAAAGAUAACUUUUACUAUAAUGAGACUAAAGGCUUCUUUUGUGUGCGGAAUGCUACUGCCGACAAAUGCUUGAAUGACAGUAAAGGUAGAAAACAUCCAACCGUUUCGCCAUUUGUGAUCAAAACCCUGAAGAAGUUCUACGCGCCACACAAUAAGCAAUUCUUCAAACAAUCUGGCAUUUCUUUAAAUUGGACUUCCGAUUGAAAAAGAUGCCAUUUUUAAUACUUGUUCAGUUUUCUGUUAUCUUUGCUACAGGUGUCCAAAAAUGGCCGACAGUUUCAGAAAUAAAUUAAUAAAAACGAACGGACACUGAAAUGUAUCUUCCCCUUAGGAAGCCAGAAAAUUUCUUGUCUCAAAGUUUCAAAAUUAUUUUCAAAUUUCGUCAAGAGAGGGCGCAUAAAGCUAGGAGGAGAAACUAAAAAACAAUGUUUUUGGAACAAAUACUAUUUGCGUAUAUCAAUCACGUGAAGUUGUCUGAGGACAAAAACAAUGCCUCAGUAUAUAUUUUAGAUGCUCCGAUAUUCAGCACAUUACAUUGUUUAAUAGUUUUUCUCUAAUCAGCAGAGCUAACUGUUGAACUUCCUAACUAAUUUCGAUUAGAUUAUUUGUUUUCUGAAAUGAAAAACAUACUUUUCUACUUCUUCCCAUUUUAUUUGUAUCAAUUUUUUAAUUCACCUCUAAAUUUUGGGACGUCGGUAAAUUAAAUUUGAAAAUAAUGUGUAACAAGACUUCUUAAAAAAUUUUCACGCGAAAAUUAUUUUACGUAAUCUUAUAUAUGUAAUAUGUUGUAGAUAUAUUACAUAAUAAAUAUAUAUUGAGACUUUAUGUUUAAGGUUGAUAUUGAUAUAAUCGAAAAAAACUGUUCCUUUGUUCAAUUACAUUUUUAGAAAUUUGUUAACAUUUUUUUUUCCAUUUAGUUUUUUGAAUAUUUCUUAAUUCAUUAAGAUUAUAGUGUAUAGAUUUCACAUCAGUCCCAGAAGUUUCUGAAACAUUUUUCUGAAGAAAAAAAAAUUUGAAGGAAGUGAAUAAUUUCGUUGUAAAAGGAAAAAGACAUAUCAAACCAAAAUUUUGUAAAGAAAAGGGGUAAAUUCACACUACUAAUAAGCUGGCGAAACUAUUUCAUUUCUUUCACGGAUUUAUCUAUAAAAAUUAAUUACAAAAAUUUCGUAGAGAAAAAAAACGAAAAUCUUCGUUGCAAACAAAAGUUUUGAAGCUAAAUUUUAUGAACAGAUGUGUGAAAUAUCAGUUUAUUUAAAUGUUUUAGAAUCACGGUACAGAAAAAGAGUGACACGUACUCAUAGUUACUCAAAAUUGAUUUUAAAAAAACAUAUCUAUAACACUUUUAGUGACAUGGAUAACAGAAAUAUGAACAAGUAUAUUAAAGCAUUUAACAUACAUAUCAUGUAUAAUAUUGUUGUCAUUUUCUUAUCCAUUCUUAUUGAAAUUUUUCUUUUGAUAUGUAAACUUUUUUAUCAAAGAAUAAUGAAAAUUUGUAUUAUAUUUUUCUUGAUGUUUGGAAGUUGCAUGACAGUAUCACUAAAUUUAAAUUUGACAGAAUCAUGUUCUUCAAUUUAUUGAUAAUAAAAUUUAUGACUAAAAACUAGUACGUACGCAAAUAGUGUAUUGAAAGAUAUACAUAUUGUAUAAAAUUAAAUAUGUAUAAUAGUGUAUUGUAGUAUUAGUGUAUUGUAAAAUUUCAUUACGUUUUAAGAUGAACUUAAUUAUUAAUAUAUUUUGCUUAGUUCAUUAUUGUUGCUGAACAUUUUACAUAAAUUAAAACAAAACAAUCAUUUUUAACUAAUGAAAUUUCACAAAAAGAAAUGUGCACAUAUACUUUUAAAAAUAUUUAAAGUGGAUUAGAAGUUUAUGUACUGUGCAUUUAUAUACAGCUUGUUUUGUAAUCACCAGUCUUAAUAUAAAUAUUAAGAAUCACAAAUAAAUAUUUAAAUCAAGAAAAAAAAGUUAUUAAAAUCUGAUGAAACACAUUUGAGGAAGACGUGAUAAAGAGCAUCAAAACUAUUUUGAUCUCCUGGCGCAGGUCUUGAAAUUUGUAAUAUACACUUCUUCGUUACUUAUUAUUCAACUUUUGAUUAAGUUUUGUUUUCUUCUUUCCUCGCCUAAGUAUUAAGUUUCGACACAUAAACUGUAUACUUUUUUCUUCAUUUUUGGCAAUGAUUGAAUAUAUAUUAAUAAUGGUGAUUGUGAAACAUUCUUUAUAUAUUGCUAGAUUUUUCUUUAUAAAUCAUAAUCAAUGGUAAUAAUAACAAUCGUAAUAAUAAUUAAUUUCGCAUAAAACAUAAAAUAAUUUUCAUUUCCCAUUUUCUUCUUGCAUGAAGUUAUUUUUCAAUUUCUAAUUUUGGCUGACAUAAAAAUAUUGUUUCAUUCCUCACUUUUCUGAGAUGGUAAUUUUUCGUGUUCUCAAUUUUUUCUGUUUCAAAAAAUACCCUGACAUUUCUUCCGAUACCUUUCUUUAUAGAUUAUGGUCAACGACAGUUUUACUAAAUUCAAAUAAUUUUUCUCGUAAAAUUAUUUUUUUUCAUAAAAUUAUUUUUAUUUCACACUUUUUUCUGACAUAAAAAUAAUUUUUCUUAAAAUUUUGUCAAGCAUUAAAAAAAAAUUUCGAUUUGUAAAUUUUCCAUGGUAAUUUUUUUUUAUUUAUUUACUUUUUUUUGCUCUUAUUUUUAACAUUAAAAACCUGUCAUAUUUCUGACAUCUUUCUUGUACAUAAUGGUUAAAUGACAUUUAAAUUAAAUUCAAAAAAUCUUUUCACAUAAAAUCUUUUUAACAUAAAAUAAUUUUCAUUUCCCAUUUACUUCUUACCCGAAGUCAUUUUUCAAUUCCUAACUUUGGCUAAUAUGAAAUUAUUUCUUUUAUUUCUAAUUUUUCUGAGAUAGUAAUUUUUUGUGUUACCAUAUUUUUCUGAGAUUAAAAAAUCGUUAACAUUUUUUCCGAAAACUUUCUUUAAACAAUAUGGUCAAUGAUGAUUUAACUAAAUUCAAUUCAUUUUUUUCUUCAAUU